AUUACUAUAACUUUAGGCAUGAAGAAAAAAAAUGCCCUACACUUUGCCACUCCUUCAUAAUGCAACCCUUCUCUUUAUCCCUUUUAAAAACCUCUCCCUCCAUAGCCUCUUUCUCCAUGUAAGAAAAAACACACACUCACAACACAAACACCCACAAUAAUGUCCAACCAUAAUGCAAUGCACCACAACAACGUUGUUGAAGACCAUGAGACUCUCAUCUAUCAAACCUAUCCAUGUCCAUAUUACGUUCAAAGCCCCUCUACUCUUUCCCAUGCCAACAGUGCGGAUAUUCGCAUCCAAAACGAUCCCGAAUCAACCUUUCAUUCUCCUAUCCGUUCUGAAACUCAUCCUUUAAACCCUACUCAUGAAGAGGACGAAGGUUCACGCUUCGCUCUCUGUCGUUACACUUCCUCUCGUGGCUCCAGUCACUCUUUCUCACAUCAUAAAAAAGUUUCUUAUGAUGGGAGUCAUGUCACCGUCACUGAAAAUGGCGACGUCAAUCGUUUUGCUGUUGUUAAAGGUGAUGACGAGAGAAAUGAAAGUGAAAGUAUGGGAGAAGGGUCGUUUUUUGAAUAUUAUUAUGGGGAGAGAAAAGGAGGGUGGAAGAGGUAUUUUUCUUAUAGAAACUCGGAUUCUUGUGCAUGGAUUUGGUUGCAAAUGUGGUGGAGAAUUUUUGUGAGCUUUGGAAUUGCUUUGCUUGUGUUCUACAUUGCUACAAAACCUCCAUCACCUAAUGUCUCCGUUGAGAUUGCAAGGUUUUCAGAAUUUAAACUAGCAGAAGGGGUGGACAGAAGUGGAGUGACAACGAAGAUUCUGAGCUGUAACUGUUCGUUGAAUUUAAUGAUAGAGAAUAAAUCAAGGUUGUUUGGUCUUCACAUUCGUCCUCCCACCAUGGACAUGAAAUUUUCCAACUUACCCUUUGCAUUUUCUAAUGCGCCUGAGCUGUAUGCUGAGAGUGGUUUAACGAUCUUUGCACUGGAAUUGGGAGCAAAGAACAAGGCAAUGUAUGGUGCAGGAAGAAGCAUGGAAGAUAUGCUAGAUUCUGGAAGAGGAUUGCCUCUGGUAAUUCGUGUAAUCUUGAGCUCUAGUUUCAAAGUUGUUCCAACCCUAAUAAAGCCAACCUUCCAUCACCAUGUUCAAUGUUUCGUGCUUCUCAAGAAGAGUUAUGAUAAGAAACAUCGAACCCAAGAAUUCCAUAGCACCUGUGCUUUGAACUAAGUUCUUCAUUCGUUGCUCGAUGUUCUUGAGCUCUACACACAUUAUUGUAUGAUAAUUGAAGUUUCCUUUUAUUAUAUAACUUUUAAAUUAA